AUGUGCACAACGUGGAAGGACUCAUCAAAUGGAAGCGAGCUAUUUGGUGAGAAACCAUUAGUAGAUAUAACCAUUUGUGGUGUGAAUGCAACAGCGCUCCUAGAUACAGGUUCCCAAACAACUAUUAUCCCCGUGAAACUGUUGAAAAGAGCUGUGUAUAGCAGUGUUGACCUGGACGAGUACACUCGCAUACCUGGGCCUAAGUUAACAGUACGAGACGCAUCUGGGAACGUGAUGAAAUUCCUCGAUACCGUCCGCGUAGCAGUUACACUCGGUGAGCAGCUGGAGUUUAUAUCUGCCUAUGUGGGAAAAGGCCCAGACGAAGUGAUAAUCUUAGGUACAAACGCUCUAGAAGCAUUUAAUCUCAAACUGGUAAGGGGAACCACGGCAAAAAGGGAGCCGCUAACUAUUAGCAGUGAAGAACCCGACAAAGAUGAUUUCAAUGCCGCGGUCAGAGUCAAAGAACGGACUUAUGUUCCUUUCGAAGCUACGCACCCUGACAUUGACAUGUGCACGGGCUAA